GCUGUUGGGUAGCUAUUGCUUACACGUGCUCCAGAACUGCGGUCAAAACACCUGCACAACUGACGCUAAGAAUUUCAGUUUCCGUUGUCUGUGCACCUUGCGGGGAAAGCGACAUGUGCUACCGAGAUUCUAAUUUAUGGGUUUUCUGACACUGCUCCAGAUACACAUAAGCCGUGCUUCGUAUUCACUACCUAAUAAAGUAAGCAGAUGCUGUAUUUUUAUCCAGAUCAUAUUUGUUUUGUCUGAUAUAUAACUCGUGUAGUUUGUCUGGUUGUCUGGUUGAACGGCUGUCGUGAUUCUCACACGGACCCCGCACUCAGAAAUUGCGACCUUUUCUGGCUUUGGAUUCACUCUGAAUAAAUACACGAACCAUGCUGGGAGAAACCCAAGAGGCAUGAAUGCUGAUUUAGCGGAUGCCGUACUUACAACAGCAAAAUUACAGACAAGAAAUCAUCAGAAUGAGUAGUAGCGUGAGCCAUGGGGUUCACCUGUUCCAGGUCAUCGUCCGCAUUCCAACAUUCAGCUUGGGCCUGCUAUUCAAUCUGUCAGCUCUGUGGAUUCUUCUUUUCAAGAUAAGGAAAUGGACAGAAAUUACAACAUAUAUGGGAAGCCUUAUUUUCAGUGACUGUCUUUUGCUUUUCUCUCUGACGUUUAAAAUGAGUGCCUACAUUAACACUUGGGGCCUUGGAAGACCCUUCUGCUCGUUCUUGGAGAGCCUGUAUUUUGUGAACAUGUACGGGAGCAUUUUGAUCAUAAUGUGCAUUUCUGUAGAUCGGUACAUUGCUGUAAGGCACCCCUUUUUGACGAAAUCUCUCAGGUCUCCACUGAAAGCUACACUUGUCUGUGCUGCAGUGUGGACGAUCAUUUUCGGAUCAAGUGCUGAAAGUUAUAAGUUGCAUGAUGGUACUCAUGUGAACUGUUUCCAUAGCUUUUCCUAUGGCACCUGGGAAAAGGUACACGUGGUUGCCACAAUGGAGACCCUGUUUGUUGCUAGUGCCUUAAUUAUGACCUUCUGUUCCAUUGAAAUAGUACGAGCCAUAAAGAGAAGAAGAAGAGACAGUUUGGAAUUGCAAAAACAAAGCAACAAUAAAUCUGUUAAAAUCGUCCUUGCAAACCUUUUUACAUUUUUGAUCUGUUUUGUACCCUAUCACAUUGCAGUGCUUUUGUACUUUUUAGUGAGGCAUGGCACCAUUCCUGCCGAUUAUAGAGAACCUCUGCGCAUCUUUGUUCAAGUCAGCCUGUGUGUGGCCAACAUAAACUGCAUGUUGGAUGGAAUUUGUUGAUUACUUGAUUCUUAAAGAGAACUGGAAAUCCACUACAGAGGUGACAGAGGCAACUGAAGGCUCCAAACUGUCCAGAUAAUCAUAUCCUGAAGUCCCUGCGUGGCACACCUGAUAAAAGCACAGCAGCAUGAUGUGCAUGGUAAGUCAUUCAAUCAGGAGAAAACAAUGUUGCAUCCUUUGCUGAGGAUUCCUGAGGGAGCUUCACAUCCCAUGGGAUAGAGAGAAUUGUUUCACCUCAUCAAGCUACAGCCAACCCUACCAGCCAGACGUCUAGUGAGCUCGGGCAGACACCUGCACUUCCUAUUAAACCAUAGGAGUAAGGCUCUCUCUGGUGAUUCGUAAGAUAUCUUGUAUAGAGAGAUUAAGUGCUAGAGAAAUGACUAAACUAUAGAAUAAGUCAUGUACAUUUUGCAGAUGUUUUAGUGUUGAAUGAUCAGAUGACUUAUUGGAACAGGAAAAGGAAGUGUAACCACAAUGGGGGGUGGUGGUGAUCUGGCAUUAUUUUAAAUGCCAAGCCCAGUAAGUGCAGCCUUUCCAUUUGUCAGUUUGAUAAUUUAUAAGCAAAAUGUUUCUGAGAAGAAAAGAAAAGCGAGAAGAUUCUAAGUAUGCUCUAAAUGGGAAUGGUGCUGUGGUGCUGCCCCAAUGCUGCCAGUCCAAGUAGAUUGAGGUGCUGGUAUAAGGCUAUUCUCCUUGUAGCUUAUGCCAUUUAGCAAAUAACUAUUUGAUCAAAGAUCAGCCAGCAAUCUGAUAAGUUUAUUUAAAUCGGAAGGAAAUACAGAGUUUGUCACGUCAUUUAGGUUCUUUGGAACACCUCUGUAUCUCUUGCGAUUCUGCGUUUAGAAAUCAGAUUCUGCAAGCGAAAGGGCUGCAACAGCUGAAGUGCUAAUUUCUGGUUACAGCUUAAAUACUUCAUAUUUAACCAAGGCAGUAACAAGCUAUUAGGACAGCGAGGUUGUGUCCUCGGUUGCUUUUUUGCAUCAUCAAUGCUGAUGCUCAUUCUGACCAGUGACAGAACAGCCUUUUCUUCUCAGGCUUUCUAUAAGCUGCUAGAAAAUUCUGGAGUUUGAAGUGGCUGU